UGGUUCACUCUACUUCAGAUAACAGUGCCCGUUUAAGAUGGAACCUACUGCCUCGGGCGUCUUCUGCAGCCGUGUGCUCAGCAUGGUGAACUCAGAAGACGUAAACGCCAUCAUCUUGGCUCAGAAGAACAUGCUUGACCGAUUCGAGAAAACCAAUGAGAUGUUACUCAACUUUAACAACCUAUCGGGGGUCCGAAUGCAGCAGAUGAACGAACGCUUCCUUCACCACACUCGGACAUUGGUGGAGAUGAAGAAAGAUUUGGAUAGUAUUUUUCGGAGGAUCAGAACUCUGAAAGGAAAGCUAGCAAAACAGUAUCCGGAAGCAUUUAGCAAUGUACAUGAAUCUCCCAUCCUUGAAGAUGACGACUUUGAUCCCGUCCCCAAAAGUACCGCCACAACCAUUGCUACCUCAGAGCAGACCACUGAGUCCUGUGAUACCAGUCCAGACAUCAUCUCUCCUGCCACCAGCCAUGACUUUGAAGACCUGUCUCAGGGCCCUUAUGACACAGUGGCUAUGAAUGGGCAGAGCAUAACAGAUGAGGACAAUGAGACAGACUAGUCUCCAUGGAAACUGUUAUGGGAGCAGAGGUGGACUUUCUUCCCACUCACCGCCCACCUGCUAACAGACCUGCAAACUUUU